CGCAAGAGGAGCCCCUCUACGCGUACACACUCGGGCUGGCCGCUUCAUUCGGCAUCUCGCAUAUCGCACCGGUGCACGCCUUUUUUACACGUAAUUCGCCACGAGUCUACCCGCUCGUCAACGUCUGCCUCCCCUUCGGACGCUGCCUCUUUCUCCUCGCAAUCAUCGAGCGGAUAGAUGACCGGCACUUUCGACGCGCUCGCUGAACUUGGACUGACCGCCGGUCGGAUGUCAGAGGCGCACUAUGACCAUCUCACAGAUAGCAUUGCCAGCGGAGCACUAACGGAGGAGGACGCUGUGGCUACCGUGAGCGAGUUGCUGCGGCGGACGCCGGCGGCCGAGGACGCGCACGGAGCUUCGCCGGGCGCUGAUGCGCUGUACGAGGGGCCCUCUGCACAGCGGAGAGAAGUACAAACCACCUUCGACGCGCGCUUCCGCGCCUCGGUGGAAUUGCACGGGCUGCUCAUCCACCAGGAGCCCGGCACCUUCGACGACGGCUUUGGCGGCCUCGACACGGGCUGCACGGUUUGGGACGCCGCUCGCGCAGCAGCAGAGCAGCUCCUCGCGGGUCGCCGCCCGCUGGCGCGUCUCGUCGCGGGAAAGCGUGUCGUCGAGCUUGGCAGCGGGACCGGGCUUGCGGGCCUGGCGUGCGCGGCGGCGGGCGCGUCUCACGUGACGCUCACAGACCUGCCCUGCCGGCUGCCGCUACUUCGGAGGAAUGUGCGCGCGAACGGGUGGCUGGCCACGCUCGGCGGGUGUGGCUUGGCCUGCUCGGCUCUUGAUUGGGGGUCGGACGACUUGCCGGCGCGUCUCUCGGCGCUCGGCGACUUCGACGUGCUCGUCGGCACAGACUUGGUGUACGAGGAGGAGCACUCGGCUGCGGUGGCGAGGCUUCUUGCCCACGCGCUGCGGCAGAGGCCAGCGGCGCAGCUGCUGUGGGCGCAGGAGGAGCACAACCCGAUCGCCGUCGCCGCGCUGCGCCAUUCGCUGACACGCGAGCUACAGCUCCAGCUGGUGACAGCCGCUCGGUUUGGCUACCACGGCGCCAUUGUCAUUGCCAGCGUGGCUUCGGUGGCGGAUGCUCCCACCAAAACCCUCCCCACCUUGUGAGAGGGUGGCAGUUUACCUUACAGUACCUUACCUC